AUGGCUUACAUAUAUAUGGAGUAUAACUCAGAAGGUCUACAUUGUAGUAUAUCAGGUCAUUCUACUGCGAAAGAAAAAUUUGUACUUGAAAAAAAAGGAAAAGAAGUAAAAUUACCAGAAAAUUUACCAAAAUUAUACAAUGUAGUGUUAGGAAUAAAGUCAGCCAAGUAUACUGAUGUUCAAAUCUUAGCAUCAAAAUAUGUCCCACCAGAAUAUAUUUGGUUUUAUAGAAAUCUAGUUGAAGAAAAUACCAACAGUGAUGAAAUAAUAUCUCAAUAUCCUGUCAUGGACGUUUCAAUUGUUCCAAGUUUUGUGAGUGAUGAUCCGGCACUUUGGAUUAUUAACGGAGACACAAUAAACCAUAUUAUCGAACAUGGGUUUAAACAAAAUCUUCAAAAUCCACAAUUUCCUAAAUCAAAAAGAAUAAUACCGGGAAAACGUUCUCAAUUCAGAAAAUUGUCAUUAAGUCUGUUUCAAAGAACUUUAUUGAAUGGAGAAUCAGGCAAUCGUGGGUAUUUGAGUUACUCAGUAACUACAGGAUCAGUAUAUUGUGUACCUUGUCGUUUGUUUGGUAAUCAAGUGCCAAUACUCAAGAGGGAUGGUCAGAUUGGAAACAUCCUGAACGAGUUAAUGAUCAUGAAAAUACUAAUGAUCAUAAAAAAUGUGUUGACUAUGAUUGAGGAGUCAGUUGUUGCAAUAGUAGUAUCACUGACAUCUAGAGGAUUACCAAUAAGAGGACUUAAUGAAUGCUUUGGAUCACUACAUAACGGAAAUUGCAUGAGAGAAGUAGAGCUUAUUGCUCAGUUUGAUCCUUUUUUAUCGAAACAUAUAGCACAGUAUGGGAAUUCAGGAAGAGUUGUAGAUUCCACACCUGACAUAAGUUAUAAUGACCAAUUAUUUUUGAUAUAUAGAUAUGUUUUGAAUGGAACUCCUGUAGAAAGAUUCAUACAGUUUAUUCCUAACAUUGGACACAAAAGCAAAGAAAUCGCUGACACAGUACUUAAAACAAUACAUGAACAUGGAUUGGAUAUUAAAAAUUGCAGGGGACAAUCAUACGACAAUGCCUCUAACAUGUCAGGCAAAUACAGUGGUUUGCAAGCAAGAAUUAAAGAAGUUUCUCCGUUGGCAGAAUAUGCACCUUCCUCAGCUCACUCCUUAAACCUAAUUGGUGAGUGUGCUGCUGAUAGUUCUCCAGAAUCCACAGCAUUUUUUUGUCUUAUGCAAAAUAUUUAUGUAUUUUUUUCUUCUUCUACAAAUCGAUGGAUGACUUCUAUUUCUCACACAUCAAAAAAUGUUACACUUAAAAGAAAAUCGGAUACUCGUUGA